AUGGCUCCCACCGCUGCUCGCACCAAGAAGCCUCAGAAGGUCACCAAGAAGUUCAUCAUCAACGCUUCCCAACCGGCCAGCGACAAGAUCUUCGACGUCUCCGCUUUCGAGAAGUUCUUGCACGACCGCAUCAAGGUUGAGGGCCGCGUCGGAAACCUCGGCGACGAUGUCCAGAUCUCCCAGUCUGGUGAUGGAAAGAUUGAGGUUGUUACUCACAUCCCUUUCUCCGGUCGGUAUUUGAAGUACUUGACGAAGAAGUUCCUCAAGAAGCAGCAGCUCCGUGACUGGCUUCGCGUCGUUUCUACCGCCAAGGGUGUCUACGAGCUCCGCUUCUACAACGUCGUUAGCGACGAGGCUGAUGAAGACGAGGAGUAA